GCUUAGAAAGCCGGAAGCUUGUGUGGAAGUUGGCGGCACGUUGUAUCGAUCUUCUUAUUCUCUACCACGGGGUCAGCUUGUGUAGGUGAGGAAGCCAAGGAGAAGAAGAAUCUGAAAGACUUUACUACUCCCGAUAUACAAGACAAAUCCGUGUCACCAUGUCCCUGACUUGCUUCAUCAGUAAUGAGGUAACAGAUCGUCCUUGCAUUUCCCCUGUAUCGGGUCAUGUCUUUGAUAGACGGCUUAUUGAAAAGUAUUUGGCUGAAAAUGGCACAGAUCCGGUCACAAAUCAGCCUUUGAGCGAGGAUCAGUUGAUUGAUAUCAAAGUUGCUCACCCAGUUCGUCCAAAGCCACCCUCUGCAACAAGUAUUCCAGCAAUACUCAAGUCUUUGCAGGAUGAAUGGGAUGCAGUAAUGCUCCACAGCUUCACUUUGAGACAACAGCUCCAGACCACUCGUCAAGAACUUUCUCAUGCCCUAUACCAGCAUGAUGCUGCUUGUCGUGUCAUAGCACGUCUUACCAAAGAGGUAACCGCUGCCCGUGAAGCUCUUGCUACUCUCAAGCCUCAGGCUGGUAUUUCUGUUCUUCAGGCCAAUCCUGCACCACAAGCAGGGGCAGCUGGUUCUGUUGAAGCAAUGGAUCUUGGGGAACUCGUAGGAAUGUCAGCAGAAAUUAUACAGAAGCUUCAAGACAAAGCUACCGUGCUUACCACUGAACGUAAGAAGCGUGGCAAAACUGUUCCAGAAGAUCUGGUAAAACCAGAAGAGCUCAGCAAGUAUCACCAGGUUUCCUCCCAUGUGGGGCUCCACAGUGCCAGCGUUCCUGGAAUUUUGGCUUUGGAUUUAUGUCCAACAGACACUAAUAAAACCCUUACUGGUGGUGCAGACAAGAGUGUGGUGGUGUUUGAUUCCCAGUCACAGCAGAUCCUUGCAACUCUGAAAGGGCAUACCAAGAAAGUCACUAGUGUUGUGUUCCAUCCCUCACAGGAUCUUGUAUUUUCUGCCUCUCCUGAUUCUACAAUACGCGUUUGGUCAGUGCCAGAGGCCUCCUGCAUUCAGGUUUUGAGAGCACAUGACGGAGCAGUGACUGGACUAAGUCUUCAUGCAACUGGGGAUUAUUUGCUGAGUUGCUCAGAUGACCAGUAUUGGGCUUUCUCAGAUAUCCAUGCAGGGCGUGUCCUUACCAAAGUGACAGAUGAAACAUCAGCCUGUGCUCUAACCUGUGCUCAGUUUCAUCCUGAUGGGCUUAUUUUUGGCACUGGAACAAUGGAUUCUCAAAUUAAGAUUUGGGAUCUUAAGGAACGCUCUAAUGUUGCAAAUUUCCCUGGCCAUUCUGGUCCUAUAUCAUGCGUGGCUUUCUCAGAAAAUGGGUAUUAUUUGGCAACUGCUGCUGAUGAUUCCAGUGUCAAACUGUGGGACUUGCGAAAACUGAAGAACUUCAAAACUCUUCAACUAGAGGAGGGUUACCAGGUUCGGUCUCUGGUGUUUGAUCAGAGUGGUACUUACCUUGCUGUUGGAGGCACUGAUAUACAGGUUUACAUCUGCAAGCAGUGGGCAGAAGUUUUGCAUUUCACAGAUCACAGUGCACUUACCACAGGCUUGGCAUUUGGUCAGAGUGCAAAGUUCCUGGCUUCAACAGGAAUGGAUCGCAGUCUACGAUUUUACAGCCUUUGAUCUGUCAAAGCAUGAAUAUGCGGCACCCUUUGUGACAUUCACGCAACAUGCUUAUAUCCUUUAACACUCUUGUGCAUGUGUACAACACCGAUGUGAGUGAUUACUGUGAAGUAUUGGGAAAAAUAGCAGCAAUACAAUUUGUACUCCUUUUUUUUUCUGUAAAUUUAUAGAAUUUUCUUACAUGGUCAUAUAUAGGUAAUCAUGGUUAUUGUUUUCCUAGCUGGUCACUGGCCUUACAGCUUUUCUUAUCUCCU